AUGUGUACUGACUUUUUGUCAAAUCUCUCUCGAGAUCUCUCUUUACUACUUAAUGACACUGAAAGCUAUGAUACUCUCAUAAAUGUUGGUGAAAAACAUGAUUUUAAAACCUUUCGUUCGCAUUCAAUAAUACUACGUGUUAGAUCUCCUUAUUUUAAAACCGCUUUAUCAAGCGAAUGGGCUAAGAUUGAGAAUAACCUAAUCACUUUUAGUAAACCUAAUAUUAGACCAAUUGUCUUUGAAGUUAUACUUAAGUUCAUCUAUACUGGGAAAAUCUCUCUUGAUGAUUAUGAUGCCUUAACAAUCCUUGAUCUUCUGGUUGCUGCUGACGAACUUUGUCUUCAAGAACUUAUAGAUCACGCUCAAGACUACUUAUUAUGUUAUAAACCAAGCUGGAUGCAAAGAAAUUUUGCUACUACUCAUAAAAUUGCUUUUCAGCAUUCUUGUGCUUUUACAAAAUUAAAGGAUUAUUAUGAUUCUUCAUUACAAAAUAGUUUAAAUAAUUCUCCAUUAACUUAUUUUUUAAACUUUUCUUCUUCUCCAUCUUCCCUAUCAUUAACUUCUGCUUUGGCAAAUCUCUCAAUUUCUUCCCCAAUUAAAGAUAUUUCUUGUUGGACCUCUAAAGAAUUUCUUAUCCUUGCUUCAACCCUUGAAAAAUUCAUUCCUUUUAUUAGAUUUCUUCAAAUUUCUAGUAGUGAUUUUUAUAAGAAAGUUAAGCCAUUUGCUUCAAUACUUCCUUUCGAUUUAUAUGAUGAUAUCUUACAAUAUCAUCUAGUACCUGAUUAUAUUCCACACGAUGAUUUGUCUCAACCUGAAAGGGCUACAAUCGAUAGUGUUAUAAUAAAGAGAAAACAUGCUGCCUUAAUUGCUAGUUGGAUUGAUGGUCGCGAUCUCGAUGGUGAUUCUAAUAACGAUAAUUCUGGUAUCUGUUCUGGUUGCGUUGGUAAUAAUAUAUCACAAACCUGUCAUUUUUCAACUUCUAUUACGAGUACAAGUAAUAGUAGCAAUGUUUCUCAAAAUUCAAGUAAUUGGUCUCAGAAUUCGAGUCCUAUAGGUUUUCGAAAUAUAAUAAGUAGAGUUCGAGAUCCUGCCCGUGCAAUAAAUUAUUACAAGAAUUAUGGUCCUUCAUUCGGUAGAGAUGAUUUAAAAAUGGCCGGAAACUUUAAAUUAGAUUCAAGAUGCUGUUGUAAACAAGGUGAUUAUGAAUUUCCCAUUCGUGAAAACACUGGUUACUUUUCUGUUGAUGAAUACGAAGUUUUUUCUGUGCACCUUCGCCGACCCUUGGGUAAAGAUGUUAAAAAUGAAAGCAACUCAAUGAGUGGAUUUAACGACUCAAAUAUUGAUGGCGAGAACAAACUUUUGAGAAAUAAUGGGAUAACGUAUUAUGGUGGAGGCGGAAAUAUGAUAAGGUCCUUGACUUACUAA